AUGAAGUCCUUAAUAAGAAAAAUUGUCUUGGCUAAAAACAUUUCAUUUACUCGUAUAAAUACUUCACGACUGGCUUCGAGUGAUGCAAAAAAACAGGAAGACGAGUCGGAAAAGGCUGAAGAAAUCGUGAAAAAUAUUACUGUUGAAAAAUACAAAGGAAUUACAACACUGAAUAUUGACCGUCAAAGAAAACGGAACAGUCUUGAUGAAGCCACACUGAGGGAGAUGGCCGCAGCAAUAGAGGCUUUUGAGAAAGACUCUGAGGCGAAAGUGCUGGUGUUCAAUGGUGAAGGUGGAUCAUUCUGCUCAGGAUUUGAUUUAGAUGAGAUGGGAGCAAAAGGAUACAAUACACUUUUAGAUGCUGCUUCGCGACUCCUUCGUCGACCUCUAUGUGAUAAACCAACCAUUGCGGCAGUAACUGGAUAUGCUGUGGCCGAGGGAUUUGAAUUGGCACUAGCUUGCGACCUUCGCAUCAUUGAAGAUACGGCUGUAGUAGGAUGUUUGGGCCGCAGAUAUGGUGUGCCACAAAGUUUAUACGGUGCUCGUCGUCUAACCUCCUUAAUAGGACUGUCCCGUGCACUAGAUUUGCUCAUGACUGGCCGCCUUAUAUCUGGUACCGAAGCACAUGCCAUGGGUUUGGCGUGUAAACUCACCUCUACUGGCACUGCACUUGGCGAGUCGGUGAAGCUAGCAAAGUCCCUAGUUAAAUUCCCACAAAAUGCACUAAUUAUGGACAAACUGGCGGCCGUCAACUCACAGCUGAACCCCAACAGUGAGGAGAGCAUGCGAGACGAAGCCGUAAUAUCAAGCUUGUUGGGAGGUGCGAUAGAAGAUAUUGACGAAGGAGUCAAAAAGUUUAAGAAAGGUAUAGGUAAACACGGCAAAUUUUACAGACUGACAGAUGUGCCCCUUAAAGACUGGGAACUAGAGGAGACGUUUGACGAAGUUAAGAUUAAAUCCGACAAGGAACAUAAAAAAUCUUAA